UGAGACUACAUUCGUGUAUGCCACCAUCAGUUUAGGGUUGAAGGUGAGAAGACAGCAACGUUGGCACGCGCUCCUGCAAAUCUAAGGUCCUCAUAUAUGGCUUCGAUUACCCCGUUACGACAGAAGCGAUUCACGUAAUUGUGAUACUAAAUCCUUGAUAGUUUACAUCAAGAGGAACCAUUGCUUCCCUUCAUGAGGUGAAGCCUCGAAACGCUCAAAAUGAUCCUUGUUGUCCUCGCUCUGUGCUUCGUCCUCGGCAUCGGCCAAGAAGCUUCUUUAGAGAAGAUAUCUGAUGGCAUCGAUAUCUCACGGCCCAUCGAUAUCACCGAAGAUUCUGACUUGGAGACCAUGCCUUUGCGACAAAGCGUAAAGGUGAAUAUAAAACCACUCAGUGAGAUCUCCCAGGAACUCCGGAGCCACGAGAGGACUCUGGAGAGAGACCAUGGCGACGUGCUUAGAGAGAGGGAAAUGGAAAGAGCAAUAGCAAAGGAGAGGCAGAUGGAACGCGAUAGCGAGAGACAAAGGGAGAGGGAACUUGCCGCUGAAAGAGAAAGAGCAAGAGUACGAGACAGAGAGAGAGAAGCGGCCAUUGAGAGGGAAAGAGAAGCAGAACGAGACAGAGAAACAGGACGACAGUCGGACCACGAGCGGAACAGAGAAAUCGAAGCGAAGAGGGAGCGAGAUCGGGAAGAGAGGCGAGGCACACCUACCACGCUUGAAAGGAGACGAGGAGAAUUUGACCCUCACAGACCAACUAAUCAAUUCAUCUCAGCCAGUGAAGCAGAAAGGCAAAGAGAACGAGACCGACAGGAGGAGAUCGAACGAGAGAUCAGAAAAGCCGAACAGAAGAAAGAGGCCCUACGAAAUAAGUCUUUGGUCAGUGCUUCGUAUGAAGUCCGACCGUCCGGCAGGGUAGUCGACAACUGGAGGAACGAUGAUGACAGGAUAAGGCAAGCUGAGCGCGAGAGGGCAAUCCAGAGGGAGCGAGAGCGAAACGAAAAGUCGCACCGAAGAGAUGACGGAAAUGGUCAGAGAGAAAGAGACCGAGACCAGCGUCGAGGAGGAGGCUCUGCAAGAGACCAUGAUCAUAAGCACGACGGGCAUCGGUUCAGCCAUGAGAAACCUCCUAUUCUGAUCAUCGAGGAAGUGCCAAAUGACUCCACUAGCGGAGAGCACACGAACAGACGCCCAGUGUGGAGGGGGAGACCGAAUAACAACGAGAGGUACAGAGGCCCCGGCGGCUCUCAGAGACCGAUUCAGGACCCACGAGCGCCUGACAGACAUCCUGUUCUUCCGCGACCCAGCAUCACAAACUUGGACCGUCGCCCUGGCCGCCCUGACUAUCCGUCGAAAUAUGAUGAAGUGCAUUUAGAUAUUCUCCAUGAGCAUUUCCCUCAUCAUGACCAUCAUGGCGGCGUUGUAAAGCCCAUUCCCAUUCCACCCCCGCCACCCCCACCUGUGCCGAUUCCCGUCCCCGUCCCGGUUCCGGCCCCAGAUCCCGGUCUGAUUCUGCAGCAGCAGCUGGGUCAGGCCUUACUCACGAAACAUGCCAUCGAGGCAGGGGUGUUAACGAAGGCCGCAACGUUGGGAGUCUUAGGAGCCAUUAAAGCCGGAGCCGCGGCUCACCUGGGGGCACUGGGAGCCGGUGCCGCCGUCAGUAAUAUCAAGCACGCUGUCAAGGACAAGCUGAAGACGCACCUGAAGCACAAGGUGGCGCAGACGAUUGCCGGUGGAGUGGCAGUUCCAGCUGGUCUUCAUGCUCUCAAGGUGCACACUCAGCUCAAAGGAGCACAUCAUCAGCUGCGUAAAGCGCGUGAGGCCAUCUUACUCAAGCUCCUUUUGCUCAGGCCAUACUUUAAGCAUGUCGGCCCCACCUACAUCAUACCCCCCGAAUUGCCUGACAUACCUAUUGGAGUUCAUCUGACACCAGUUCAAGUGGAACAGCUGCCAAGGAUAUACAUUGACCAGGUGCCCCACAGUGAUGCGUUUGCCCCUAUCCACAUCCCCGAGCUCAAGGAUGUGAUAGAGCCGCCCUUGGAAGCCGAAUACGUGGAGUACAUGCUCGGUUUGCCUGAGAACAUCUUCUCUACCGUCACAAGCAUGUCAAAGCGAGAGUUCUUGGUGACUUUAUUCCCGCGUCUCUACCGCGAUUCGGUUCGUGAUCUGGAUCCUGUUGAAUUCACAACGCCCGUGUAUAUCCCCAGCAAGACGGACACUUCCUCGUACAGUGUCCCGCCCGUGUAUGAGCCACCUGAAGUACUCAAAUCUACCUACGAUGUACCAACUGCAACGCCAGUCUACACACCGCCACGCAUAACGCCUCACCAUGUGUCCUCUCCCAGGCCGCCACCUCCCCUCUACAGUGUACCGUCGACACCAGCUUCUGCUUAUGGACCUCCGCCCAUCACCACACCCAGGCCUCCACCGCCCAUUGUCAUCAAGUCUCCUAAACCUAUCAUCACCACCACCCACAGACCCAUCAUCACCACCACCCACACGCCAAUCAUCACCACACACAACCCCAUCAUCACCACGACCUUCAAACCUGCUAUCACAACUACCUUCGCCCCAUCACCACCUUCGCCUUCGUAUGGACCGCCCCCACAACUGCCCCCUCAACCGCCCCCUCCUGUCUACGGACCGCCUCCUCAGCCGCCCCCACCUGUCUACGGACCGCCCCCUCAACCGCCCCCGCCUGUCUAUGGACCUCCUCCUCAACCGCCCUCUCUUGAUUACGGACCACCAGCCACGCCCUCUGAGCUUGUAGUCGUCAAUCACGUCGACUGCCACGACCACGACGACCCGCACGUUCCUGUGGAACAUCAUCACGUCCACCAUCACGUCCAUGUUAGUGACGAUGCCCAACAUCGGGAUCCUUUCAUCGCGCCGGAGGGACCCAUCAUAGCACCAGAAAUCAACGUGGCCUUUGACCAAGCACCUGUGCUGACAACCCACCAUACGCCCACGCUCUCUACUCCCCUACCGCCCAUCUUCACCACAAGCCACACGCCUCACUUCACGACAGUACGACCGCUUGAUAACUUUCUGAAUGGAAGCCACACAGAAAGCACUCACUUCGGAGAGUACCACGUCACCACCACAGAAGAUGGUAGCCAAGAGUUACCUCACUCACCUGGCCCUUUCCGGGUAUUCACUCCCGGCCCGUCCCACGUCUCAUCAACUGUGCCCAUCCAUGUAUCAACCCCUGAACCUGUAGUUGUCACAUCGCCCGGACCUAUUCACAUAACUACAGAAGCACCGCUUCAUACGUCAGUUCACGCAACUACACCCGAUCUUGUUCUGAAUUCGCACGUCACACCAGCCCCCAACUUUUUCGAUACACUUGUUCCGAACCAUUCCGAACUAGGUUCCAUUCACGUGACCACACCUGACGGCACCCACCACACGCCUGGCCCAAUUCACAUAACUACAGGAGAUCCACACCAUUUUCCUGAUCAUAUCCACAUUACAUCCCCUAAUCCCAUCCACGUAAAGAAUGAUGUCUUCAAGGCUUCUGAGAUUGAUCCAUUUAACUUACCGACACACACACAGCCCGACCACGUCCUCGCAACAACGCUCGGCUCCGUUAGUAUUCAACCUCAUGGCAGCCCUGAAUCCGUCCGUGUGGGCAAGUACAUACCCCCUCAUAAACCCGACUUCUUCAGGGCAGGUGAACAUCACUUUGGGAAUGUUCAAGAUCACGUGAUUGGCUCUGUUCAUACCACGACACACAUUCCAAGUGACGUAUUUAAGCCUAUCCACACAACUACCGCCUUGCCACACCACUCGCCCGGGUUGGAUCAUGAGUCCAUUCAGCUGACCAUUUCCGAGUCGGAUUAUAAGGCUGGGCCUAUUCACGUCACUAUAUCAGAACCGGCAUAUGAAGGCGGCCCUAUUCAUGUCACAACAUCCCAGCCGCACUUAAGCCAAAAACCUGAGAAUGUGCACCACACGACCCAUAGGCCCCAUUUUGUACACCACUCAACCCAUAACCCUGACCACGUAUUCCAGUCAACUCACAAGCCUGACCCUAUAUUCCAUUCAACCCUCAAGCCGCACGGACAUGAACAUAUAUUCCACUCGACACAUAAACCUGACCAUACAAUCCACACAACACCUGACACUAUAUUCCGCUCAACCUACAAACCUGAUCGUGAACACCAUACCACUCACAAACCAGACCAAGUACGCCAUGUACACCAUCCCACUCACACACCAGACCAUUUACAUUCCAUCCGCAGACCAGAUCAUGUACUCCAUACCACUCAAAGGCCAGGCCAUGUACACCAUUCCACCCAAAGACCAGGCCAUGUACACCACUCCACCCAAGGACCAGGCCAUGUGCACCAUUCCACUUACAAACCCGAUCACAUAUUCCACUCCACACACAAACCACAAGGAGUGCCAGAAGUCAUACAUGUAGUGACACAGGAACCGCCGCUGUCGACGCACCACAUCUCCACUGUCAACCCUCUGCUCGGGGGUGUCGUUCUGCCGAUUGAACAUCACUCCAUCAAGACUACUGUCAAGCCAGAUCGACGCCCAGGCAUACCAGUAACCACCUCGACUGUGGUCGUGGGCGUUGGCGUGAGACCCCAUGGAAGCGAGAGUCAGUUCUUCACGCCCGUCUCCUCCACAGUGCAUCCUCCAUUCUCGCCCAUCACGCCUCUUUUCCCCGCAACCACCGUCGGCACACCCAUCACGUCCACCUACGCCGUGGUACCCUCCGCCGCAACGACGCCUUCUAGCAUCCCCUCCUCCACACAAUUCACGACCAUUCGCCCUCCGCUGACAUCAAUAGCCUCAGUCUUGCCCAUAACGACUUCAUCUUACGCCGAUAUCGGGCCCACCAGCAGCGAACCACCGGGCAUCCUGACCAGUACGUACUCCUCCAUCUUUCCAUUCACCCCAACGCGGAUCAUCCCGACCUCUCCAAAGCCUACAUUCACAACCACGACGCGACCUUUCCCUACCACUCUCAGGCCAACUGUAAUUACCACAUCGCGCCCACUACCCACCACAAACAGGCCCUCCAUCAUCACCACAUCUCGCCCUAUCCCUACCACGAAAAGACCAACCAUUUACACGACAUUCCGGUCUUUCCCGACAACCAUUCGCCCUGCCAUCGUACCCACCACUUACCCCACCACCCAGAGGCCAACCAUUAUAACCACCCUCCGUCCCUUCACAACAACGCGACGGCGGCCCAGCACGACGCCCAAGCCUCCCUUCGUAAUCCCGAGCGCUGUCCCGUCCGUUCCGACGCCGUUCGAUCCCGCCACGACGCCGGUAUUCACGGUCACGGAAAUUCCGGCGACGACGACGUCUAGCACCGUAUUCCAGCUCUCCCCCACUGUGAUCGGGAACGGACAGUUUGAGAUCGAGGACAACACGUUCCCGCCGCGACCUCUAGAAAGCGACGAGAUCGAUAUCCUGGACAACCUCGACCUAAAUAUUGACGUCUCAACGGAAAGGCUGUCGUUCCUGGACGUCGGGAAAGAUUUGACCCGGCACCCUGGCACGGACGCGAACGAUGACGUGCACGUUCUCUCGCCGUUCACGAAGAGGAAAGGAAAUGCCACAGAGAACAAUCAGGAGCACGCAGACGAUGACCCCUUUGGAUUGUACACAGAUUACAUGGACAAGAUCCUAAAUCGAAGUCCAGACUCAACCGCCACUGAUGAGUCCUUAACUGCUCAGGAUAACGACGAUGAUGAUCCCUUCGGCCUGUACACAGACUACAUGGAUAGGCUCCUCAGUCAAAGUUCCGAAUCCUCCUCCCACGCCACCAACACUCGCCGCUUAGUCACAGGAACCUCUGCUAUUUACACCACCACAACCACAGCGCCCAUACGUGGCGAGACCUCUUACACACAGGUUGUUUUAUAAGUGAAGAAAUUGUCUCAGAUUUCUAUCUAUUU